UACGUGGAGAAAAGACAGCGCGCGCCCCGAGGCCCACUACUGGAUUCGGCACCUUUCUGUCUUCUGGAGCGGCAGAGAGGCCGGAAGUGGAGGCCCCGAGGCCUAGCGCCAGGACACCGGAAGUCCGUUGAGGGACGCGCGGGCCGGACGCAAGCCGCGGCCCCGACGCGGCCCGCCUGUCCGCAGCGCCGGAAGUGGUCGCGGGCGGCGCUGCUUCUGGCCGGCGGGUCGCACUGCGCCGCGGGCCGGGUGCUGAGGACCGAAGUAGCCAUGGCGGAGGGCGGCGGCCCCGACGGGCGGGCCGGGCCGGGGCCCGCAGGUCCUAAUCUGAAGGAGUGGCUGAGGGAGCAGUUUUGUGAUCAUCCACUGGAGCACUGUGAGGACACGAGGCUCCAUGAUGCAGCCUAUGUGGGGGACCUCCAGACCCUCAGGAGCCUAUUGCAAGAGGAGAGCUACCGGAGCCGCAUCAAUGAGAAGUCUGUCUGGUGCUGUGGCUGGCUCCCCUGCACACCGUUGCGCAUUGCAGCCACUGCAGGCCACGGGAACUGUGUGGACUUCCUUAUCCGGAAGGGGGCUGAGGUGGAUCUGGUGGAUGUAAAGGGACAGACUGCCCUGUACGUGGCUGUGGUGAAUGGGCACCUGGAGAGCGCCCAGAUCCUUUUGGAAGCUGGUGCCGACCCCAAUGGAAGCCGGCACCAUCGCAGCACUCCAGUCUACCAUGCCUCCCGUUUGGGCAGGGCCGACAUCCUGAAGGUUCUCAUCAGGUAUGGGGCUGAUGUUGACAUCAACCACCACCUGACUCCUGACAUCCAGCACCCGUAUUCCUGGAGGCUCACCUCCUUGGUGGUCUGCCCCUUGUACGUCAGUGCAGCCUACCACAACCUCCAGUGCUUCAGCCUGCUCCUCCAGGCUGGGGCGAACCCUGACUUCAACCUCAAUGGUCCCGUCAACACACAGGGGUUCUACGGGGGCUCCCCUGGCUGUGUAAUGGAAGCUGUCCUGCGUCAUGGUUGUGAGGCAGCCUUCGUGAACCUGCUGGUAGAGUUUGGAGCCAACCUGAACCUGGUAAAGUGGGAGUCACUUGGCCCAGAGUCAAGAGGCAGAAGGAAGGUGGACCCUGAGGCCUUGCAGGUCUUUAAAGAGGCCAGAAGUAUUCCCAGGACCCUGCUGAGUUUGUGCCGCGUGGCUGUGAGAAGAGCUCUUGGCAAGUACCGACUUCAUCUGAUUCCCUCGCUGCCUCUGCCAGACCCCAUAAAAAAGUUUCUACUUUAUGAGUAGAAUUCAAGUGCAGUGGUUGAUUACAGUGAGGACGAAGGUGAUCUGCAGUGAAAAUGGAUACCUAUCCUUGCACCCUGUGAACCAUGUCCCCGUGAACCAUAUCUACAGCUGCCGACUGUGUCCCAUUUGGCUGUUUAUCAAGAAGAAGCGGCCUUGUUCUCAUGGAUUGUAACUCCAUCUCAGGUGCUUGGGCCAUUGAACUGUCCUUGGGUCAUUGUCAGCCAAGAGGCUCAUACCAACCUUAAAUUUUUUUCUUUCUAAAUAUUUCUGUGGGAUUUUCACAGUUGCAUAUUAAUGAAUUGGGUUGUGAAACGUGUGCAGGCAUGGGCUGAGGUUGGUGGCCCGUAGUGAAGACUCCUAGCACUUGCCAGAACUGUGCUUCUAUUUAUUUUUCUACUUCUGAAUGUAAUCGUUUGAUUAAAGCCUUCUGAUACCUAAAUGAAAAGAGAGUUUUGGUUUAAAAAAAAAAAUAGGAGAGAACAGAAAUGCAGUUCAUGAACUUCCUAGUUUUGUUUUCCCUGCUCCUGGGAUUGGUCGUACACACAUCCCUUCCUUGCCACUUCAGUAUUUUCUUUUUGUGGUGGAGGUCUCAUAUUAAUUGUCUUCAUUCCAUGAUAAUUUCCUAUAUGUAUGGAUUGUCUUUGUUAUCUCAAAGUUAGUAUGUGCAUUUGUUAAGAAUUUAGACGUCAAGGCCCAGAGGUCACAGCACAGCACCUGUUCUGAUACCUGCUGUGCCUCACAUCAUACCAGCAGGUAUCAUAUAUGAGUUUUAUGCCAUUUCAGUUUGGGGAACUUGUAGACAGUGGUUGAUUUCAGGAGGCCCACCUUGAACUAGCCAGUAAAUGACUGCCUACAUUUAGACCAAGGACCGUUCCACAGCAUUCACUGCCAGUUCUAAUAGGAGAAGAAUAUACCUGAGGCACUAUCUUCUAGUCCCUACACAUAUCAGAAAGUGAAAAACUCAUUUGAUCGUCUGGAUGGUUCCAAGCUUUCAGUUGCUUGGUGUCCAGGGGACAAAACAUCAGGUGGUUGGUUGAUUGCUCUUCACUUUUUGGGCCUAAAUGACUUGGUGGCUGCUCCAAGAAUCUAAGAAAGGGGGUAGCAGUGAGGUCAGCAGGGCUGGCAGCAGGUUGAGAGAGAUGACCUGAGUCAUCAUCGCAGAUGUCUUUGUCUGUAUGAGCAAGGCUUACUCCCAUGUUUGGGGCUGCGCAGCCAGGUGCAAGUGUCAUUGUCAGGUGGCCAGUGGUUGUGGGUGCAACAUUCCCAGGUUGCUGCUGUUUGCCGGGAAAUCACAUUUUGUCAUUUGAAGCCUCUGAGGACCAUUGUGUGGAUCCAUGAUGAUUCUAAACUUCCGAAGUAUUUAAGAAUAGGCAGAUUUCAAAUCUGUGCAUAGAUUUUCUGUAAUAAGAGAAAUCCAAUUUGUUAGAAAUUGAACUCAUGAUAUUAGUGUUUUAUUUAAUUUUUACCAUCAUUAUAUAUUUUAGCUGAUCGGAGAGUCAGUGUCUAGCCAUUAGGUUCUUCAGUUUGAGGAUGGAAUUCCAAACCCCCUACUUCAUGUGUUGUAAGUAGGCUGUGUGCUGGAACACCCAGGCUGACCCUUGUAUGCAUGGAUGUAGUUCUGAGGUGGGGAAAAUGCAAUCAUCGGAGGCAUUUAUACUUAGCUGAGAUGACAUUGUUAUGAGCUGUGAUAGUUGCAUAAAUGUGGGCUUGGUUCCUGAGGCCUGAAAUUUGGCUGCAUGCUGCUCUUAAGGGGAGCUUGGGGUUGGGUCAUACUUAGGUCAGGAGAGUCUUCCCGAGAGAGGAGAGGAACUGCAGGUGGUGGAUGGGUGGCUGGUGAGGGCUGUGACAACUGGAGCAAGGUACUAUAGGACCUUCAGCCCAGGAGAGGGGUUAGAUGUGUUCUUUGUGGCACUCAGGGUGGGACUAGGACCAAAAUUGGGCUGUGGCCAGAGCAGAGUUAUAGGAAGUUAGGGAAAGAUUGUAUGGAGGUUUGAGCCACCCACAGGUGGACUGGGCCACUCUGGAGGAGCCUCUUAUCACUAGAGAUGUGUAAGCAGUGGCUUGUUACCUUGGUAGGGCUGAGUGGGCUUCCAGGAGUGGGUGGUCAGUUCACUUUACUUUUGGCUCUGGGAAUGCUGCCUAUGCAGAAGUCCUGUGCGUACUGGUAUGACCUUCAGGCUACACAGAGGCAAAGCCCAGUCAUGGCAGAGUGGGUGUCAAGCUCCUCCACUCAGUACAGAGUUUGUUUCUGAGGGUUCGAAUUAUUGUCCAUGGUCUCUGUGGAAGGAAUGGACUGAAUUUAUCUUCAUAGUUGGGCUUCACCCAGACCUGGCCAGGGAGAUAAUGUGUCUGGGGAGAGGAUGAGCCAGAGGAUAGGGAUGCUCUCCUGGUUUUCCUGUGCCAUGUGGCGUGCCCCAGCUGGUCUGCAGGUAUCUAGGGUCUCAGCUUUUCAUUUGCAGAGGACAUGCCAAGCUUCCUCUGUUCAAGCCUGCCUGUGCUACUUUUUAUGGAAGCCCAACAACUUUGAGGUUCAUCUUGUCUGAAACUUCAUAACUGUCAAUCAUGAAUCUGAAAACAGUGUAGGUAGCUGACUAAGUUCAUUCCUCCUUGUUUUUAGUGAUGCUCCCUUUACUAAAGCUCCCUUUUUCUUUUGUGGGCAAGGAUAGGAUACAGAAUAGGAAAGAGUACUUCAUCUGAGCACUUUAUAAAAUCAUGUUUCUAAGCCCUGGGGGCCAGGGUCCUAUGGAGCAAGUAGAUGUGGUGGUACUUGAUGCGGCUGUGGCCUGCUGGCCCAUAGCCCUCCUCAGGAGAGGGGCUCUGUGGACCAGUAGGAGGGAGCCUGAACGUUGCCCCCGGCCCCAUCCCAGGAGUGUUUGGGUGUUGCUGCUCCCAGGGACAGCUGUUGGCCAUUGAACAGAAUCCUACGCCCUGGGCAUUGGCUGCCGUGAACAGAUGAGUGGGCUGGACUGGGGCAGUGUUGAUAGCUCUGAGAAUUCAGCUUUGGAAUCUUGGGUCACACACAUUCUAUGACUUUUCUUAUUACUUGUGUUAUUUAUGUAUUUAUUUAUUUAUACUCUGCCUUGUUCCAGAAAAGGGUUUAAGGCAGUGAUGCUUGUCUUUUGGUGUUUUGUUUUGACAUUUGAUAAGUUUAGUCAAAAUGCACUUGUUAAACAGGUAGUUUUAAAAAGAAAGGACGAUUAGCAAUUUCCUAAUGUUUACUGUGUUUCUGUUAUCAGGCUUAAGCUGUCAGUUUGAGUUUUUUCUCCCUUCUUUUAUGAAUUGAUUCUUGGAAAUAAAAGGUUCAUGAAAGAAAGAGUGGAACACACAGCAAACCCAGGACUGAGCAAAGAGAAGCCGGACUGAGAGUGAGCAUUUGGCCUGUGCUCUGCUGCUGUCUGUGGCCUUGGGCAAGGCCUGUUAACAACUGAAGCUCCACGUCACACGGGGACAGGGCUUCCUGGUGUGCCUCUGCCAUGGGGUUUUGUGAGAAGUCACACGAGAGGAUGCAUGUGGGUGUGACAGCACUUUGUACCCAAGCAAUCUAUGCACAGUAAGCAGUGUCAUUGUGACCGUUUUCCUCUUCUCAGUGGAAGUGCAUUCAGGCGAUGAAGUGCGGGAGAGCCUGCGACCUGGGAGAUCCGGGCUUGACCUUGUGCCCUGAUGGGGCAGCUAGAGUCACUGUGGCCCACAGCCAUAUGCAUUGGGCACAGAGGGCUCUGUUCAGGUAAGAAGUAUAAGGACAACAUGGUAAACAGUUCUUGGAGUCAAAUUUAUUCAACUUAAAGGAUUGCCUUUUAUUCUGAGAUUAUGUCCUUCCUAAUUUGGAUGAUAAAAUGUUCUUUUAUAUAAUGAAGAUGAUAGCAGAGGGCAAUAUUUUUGCUUUUUAAAAUGCUCUUGGUUGUGAAACAAAAUGUUGGCUGCCCUUUGUCCAUCUCCUGAAUUUCUUUUUAAGUUUGCCUGUCCCUGAAGUCAGGGAACCAAUAUAAGUCAGGUCUAGCUAUAGUGUAUGUUUAUGUAUUGGUGAGAAAUUCUUCUUAGACUCUGAAACAGCCUGUACACUGAUGAAGGAAAUCACAGUGUUCCCACUGCCUUGUGGUCCAAGUACAAGUUCUGAGAUCACUCUUUGUGGUUUUAGGAAGUGCAAACAUCCCUGUGGUGUGAUGGCCUCUGGCCACCCCUGGAUCCAUGAGAGACACUCAUAGGAUGUCAAUGUGGCCUUUUCAGUGAGGACUGCUCCUUAACUGAGGCCCUGAGAGCCUGCCGCAGCCUGUGAAUGCUGGCGAUGGCUCUAGUCUGCUGGGGCUGUUCGCCUGUUCACCUGGCACUUGUCAAUGGUCCUGAGCCGCAGAGGUCUGCAUUCCCCACCAGCUCAGAUUGCACUCCUGGAAAUACAUCUUUUGGUCACAUGACCUCUUCUCUCCCUCGCUCACUGAUGCCUUGCCUCAUCUCCCCUCAAAACCUGACUCCUUCAGUGUGGAAUUUAAUAAUCAAUGUGCAUGCAUAAAUGGUUAGUGGGAUUCAUGUCCCAGGAGAAUUCCGCAGAGGGGAACAUGCACAUUUUGAAGUACACAGUGAUGUGUGGAAUAUAUGCCAUAAAUUCUAGGUAAACAGUAGGAUGGAGAAGUGAGUGGGGGUAGAAGAGGUGACUUCUGUUGCCUUAACAUGUAAUUGCGCAGUGUCAGGUAUGCAGGGAGAUCCUUUCUUUUUUUAGUUGCUUUGGUUUCAAGAUCUCUCAGAUAUACCAAGUAAUGAAUGAAUGUGCAUAAGUCCAGUUUGAGUAUGGCAUUUAUGAACACACCUCUAGGUGAAUGUACAAAAUCAGUUUGCUGCUGCCAUUUAGCCAGCAGUGCCCUGCUCUGUCCCGUGGUGUCUGCACAGCUACCACCGCCUCUGUUUGGUGUUGGGCACAUGAGGUGGGACAUGCAGUGGGGCCUGUGUGCCUGGGGACAUGCUGAAGAGGAUGCUCACCACAACCCUGUUUCCCUGUUUGCUUUGGUCAUGAACAUGUGUUUGCCUGCAGUGGCUGAGACUGACUGUUUCUGCCCUUGUGCCUAGUUAAGAGCUUUCAAAAGUAUGAUGGACAUUUUUGAUAUGUUAUUGUAACUUUAAUAAAUACUUUAU